AUGGCGACGACAAAUGGCACCACGGAUGUCGAUGGAGCCAUUGGCUUCGCAGACGCGACCAAGCUCAUCGGCCACACUCCUUUAGUGCGCCUGAACAAGAUCCCGCAAUCGCUGGGCAUCAAGGCCAAGGUCUACGCCAAAGUCGAGCUCUUCAAUGCGGGCGGCAGCGUCAAAGAUCGCAUUGCCCUGCGCAUGAUCGAAGAAGCCGAGAAGAGCGGGCGCAUCAAGCCCGGCGACACUCUGAUUGAGCCUACGAGCGGCAACACUGGCAUCGGGCUCGCUCUUGUUGGCGCUAUCAAAGGCUACAAGACGAUCAUCACCCUCCCCGAGAAAAUGUCGGCAGAGAAGGUCUCGGUCCUGCGCGCUCUUGGCGCCACCAUCAUCCGCACACCCACCCAGGCUGCAUGGGACAGUCCAGAAUCACACAUCGGCGUUGCCAGACGUCUGCAGAAGGAGCUUCCGAACGCACAUAUUCUCGACCAAUACACCAACAAGGACAACCCGCUGGCGCACGAGUUCGGAACGGCAGAGGAGAUAUGGGAACAAACACAGGGCAAGAUCACCGCCGUCGUGGCUGGAGCCGGCACAGGCGGCACAAUUACUGGUCUGGCGAGGGGAUUGAGAAAGCACAACAAGGACAUCAAGAUCGUGGCGGCGGAUCCGUAUGGGAGUAUCCUGGCAUUGCCCGAGACACUGAACCAGGGCGAGCUGGCGAAUAUCCCAUACAAGGUGGAAGGCAUUGGCUAUGACUUCAUCCCGGAUGUCCUUGACCAGGCGGCAGUUGACAAGUGGUACAAGACCGACGACCGUGAGGCGUUCAUGUACGCUAGGCGUCUGAUUGCUGAGGAGGGACUGCUCGUCGGCGGCUCCUCGGGGAGCGCAAUGGCGGCAAUGACAAGAGCUGUGAAGGACCUCAACUUGGGAGAGGAAGAUACCGUCGUGGUACUGCUACCCGACAGCAUCAGAAGCUAUCUGUCCAAGUUUGCCGAUGACGACUGGCUCGCCGCCAACGACCUCUUGCCCUCUGUCAACGGCGCAGAGGUCGAGGCAGCAGCCCAGGCACAAUCGAGGCGCCGUCCCAGCGACCCAUACGGUGGUGGAGUUAUUAGAGAUCUGAGACUGAAGCCAGUAACUUCCGUGGUCAGCACGAGCAAAUGCUCAGAGGCUGUCGAAACCAUGCGGGACAAGGGCUUCGAUCAGCUGCCAGUGCUUUCACCAACGGGUGGUAAACUGGUCGGGCUGGUCACUCUCGGCAACCUGCUAUCAUAUAUCUCGCAUGGCCGCGCAAGUGGCACAAGUCCUGUGAGCGAUGUCAUGUUUGACUUUGGCAGACUCGACGAGGUCAUCACUGACCCGCGGGACAUCAACACCGAGACCGCAGCAGGAUCGAGCAAGAAGCGGAAGUUUGUUGAAAUCACACUAGACACGCCACUUACGGUGCUCAGCAAGUUCCUGGAGUGGAACAGUGCGGCUGUCGUUACGGAGAAGGGUGGUGAAGGGAAGAAGCCUGUGGCAGUGGUGACUAAAGUAGAUCUCUUAACAUGGAUGCUGAAGCAGUCCAAGAAAUAG